UGGGCUUUGAAGCCCAUCAUCCAAUCUUGGCCCAUUUCCUCCAUCUCUCCUAUAAAUUCCCAUUUCACUUCGAAACCCUAAUUUCGCCAUAAGCUUUCACUCUUCUCUUAUUCCCACAAAAAACCCUAGCCGCUUCCUACAAUGGCUACCGCCGCCGCCAUCCCAACCACCACCGUCCAAACCCUAGAAAAUGACAUGUCCACUGAUUCUACCGCCGUUCCUCUCCCCGCCGUCAUGAAAGCUCCGAUCCGACCCGAUGUCGUCACCUACGUUCACUCCAACAUUUCCAAAAACGCCCGUCAACCUUACGCCGUUUCGAAGAAAGCUGGUCACCAAACCUCGGCUGAGUCAUGGGGUACUGGUCGUGCUGUUUCCCGUAUCCCUCGUGUACCUGGUGGUGGUACCCACCGUGCUGGUCAAGGGGCUUUUGGUAAUAUGUGUCGUGGUGGUCGUAUGUUUGCUCCUACUAAGAUCUGGCGAAGAUGGCAUAGGAAGAUCCCGGUGAACCAGAAAAGGUACGCUGUUGUUUCUGCUAUUGCUGCUUCUUCAGUCCCUUCAUUGGUUCUCGCUAGGGGUCAUAGAAUUGAGACUGUUCCUGAGCUUCCGCUUGUUGUAUCCGAUUCGAUUGAGGGGAUUGAGAAGACUAACAAUGCGAUUAAGGCGUUGAAGCAAAUUGGUGCGUAUCCAGAUGCUGAGAAGGCGAAGGACAGUCAUGCGAUUCGUCCAGGAAAGGGAAAAAUGCGUAAUCGUAGGUACAUUUCGAGGAAAGGGCCAUUGAUUGUGUAUGGAACUGAAGGGGCUAAGUUAGUUAAGGCGUUUAGGAACAUACCUGGUGUGGAGAUUUGUCAUGUUGAGCGUUUGAAUUUGCUUAAGUUAGCUCCUGGAGGUCAUUUGGGUAGGUUUAUUAUCUGGACGAAAUCGGCUUAUGAGAAAUUGGAUGAGAUUUAUGGCUCAUUUGAUAAGCCAUCGUUGAAGAAGAAGGGAUAUUUGUUGCCAAGACCAAAGAUGGUGAAUGCUGAUCUUGCUAGGAUUAUCAAUUCGGAUGAGGUGCAGUCUGUUGUUAGGCCAAUCAAGAAGGAUAAUAAGAGGGCUACUUUGAAGAAGAAUCCAUUGAAGAAUCUGAAUGUGUUGCUGAAGCUCAAUCCUUAUGCUAAGACUGCUAGGAGGAUGUCCCUUUUGGCUGAGGCACAGCGCGUUAAGGCCAAGAAGGAGAAGCUCGACAAGAAGAGGCACCAAAUUACAAAGGAGGAGGCAUCAGCUAUCAGGAGUGCAAGCCACUCGUGGUACAAGACAAUGAUCUCAGAUUCCGACUAUGCAGAGUUCGACAACUUCUCAAAGUGGCUCGGAGUUUCUCAGUAAAGGGACUUCUAUUUAUGAGAAUCAUGUUAGAGAGUAUUUUGUUUACUUGUUUGUUUAGUCUGUUCUUUUGUUCUACUUUGGUGGUCCAAGACAUGAAAGAUAUUGAGCGGGAGGAAAACUAUGGGCUCCUUGCCUGGCUUUCCCCUGCUGACAUUUUGAGUUUUCCUUUUAGCUGGAGUAUUACUUUACGUGGUAUGGAAUCAAGGAUUUUUAUCGAGUA